ACGGAGUACUAUAUUUGUCGUUACCGAUACAAAAUGAAAGUUGGUACUCCGUCAAAAAAAAAAAAAAAUAGAUUUUAAUUAUCCACUAUGAGCUGGCUAUUAUCAAGUUGAAAAAACAUACGAAAAGAGCAUUUGUUGUUUGAGAAAUGGAGCAACUUUCGGCAACCGCUAGUGGUCACAUAUUAAUGUUCCCGUUGCCAAUCCAAGGUGCAGUGAACUCUAUGCUUAAACUAGCCGAGCUCAUUCUCCUUUCCUCUAAUGGUCAAAUCAGUAUCACCUUCCUCACCUCCGAGCACGUCCACAACCGUCUCCUCCACCACACCAAUGUGGCCACCCGCUUUAACACUUACCCUGGAUUUACUAUCCUGACUUUCCGAGACGGUCUACCGGAAAAUCAUCCUCGCGGUAGCGAUAAGUUUAUGGAGAUGCUGGAGGCUGUGGAAGCUGAGAGCCGCCCACUUCUCAGGCAAAUGCUAGUAAAUAAUGAUAGUACGACAGGAGAAAAACCAAUAACAUGUAUGAUACCAGAUGGGUCUUACAACUUUGCUUUGGAUGUUGGUAAAGACGCUCGAAUCCCGGUCAUAUAUUUUGAUACAAUUGGUCCUUCUUGCCUUUGGGUUUAUCUUUGUCUUCCCAUCUUGAUUCAAGCUGGUGAAAUUCCGUUUCAAGAAAAUGAGGACAUGGAAGCCGUAGUUAAUGUGCCCGGAAUGGGAAAUAUAUUAAGACGGCGUGAUCUUCCAGAUUUUUGUAGAACCAACAAUCCAACUAGUGAAGUUAUGAUCCAGCGUAUUUCAGAGCAGGCAAAACAAUUCAGCAAGGCGUCGGGCUUCAUAUUGAACACAUUUCAAGAUUUAGAACAACCACUGCUUUCCUUCAUUUGCUCUCAUUUUCCAACCAAUAAUAUUUAUGUUGUUGGUCCACUCCAUCAACACUUAAUGGCAAAAUUAUCCAAACAAGAAGAAACUAUUCGAUCUUAUAAUUGUUCGAAUAGUUUUUGGCAUGAAGAUAGAAGUUGCAUUGACUGGCUUAAUAAUCAACCUUCAAAAAGUGUCAUCUUUUGUAGCUUCGGAAGUCAGGUGGUCAUUACCAAAGAUCAACUCAUUGAGUUUUGGCAAGGAUUGGUAAAUAGCGGGUCUCGGUUUUUAUGGAUUCAAAGACCACGGUCUGUAAUUGGGAUGGACGAUGAUAUUGUCCAUGAACAACAACAACUCCCUAGUGGCCUAUUGAAGGGUGUGAGGGAAAAUGGUUUCAUCACCAAUUGGGGUCCACAAGAAGAGAUUUUAAGUCAUCCUUCUAUUGGAGGAUUCUUAACUCAUAGUGGAUGGAACUCGACAAUAGAAAGUAUUGUGGCAGGAGUGCCUAUGAUAUGUUGGCCUCAUUAUGUAGAUCAACUCGUGAUUAGCAGAUAUGUAAGCCAUGUUUGGAAGUUUGGAUUGGACAUGAAAGACACAUGUGAUAGAAUUGUGAUAGAGAAUAUGGUAAGGGAUCUCAUGGGUACAAGGAAAAGUGAGUUUUUACAAAACACAAUUGCAUUUGCAAAUUUGGCUAAACAAUCCGUAGAGAAAGAUGGAUCUUCCUGUUUUUCUUUGGAUAGAUUAAUUAAUGACAUUAUGUCAUUUGGAUUACCAGUAUGAUAUCUUAUAAUAAAAAUAAUUCUGUUGUAACUUGCACACUUCCAUAUAAGGCGUUUACACCUAUGUUAAAGCAA